AUGGAUUUCGAUCCAGAUCACAACAGUCUCAACCACAGGAACGCGAAGAAGUACAACGAAGAUGAAGACGGAGGGAUAGACUCGCCAGUCGACGAGUCUCUCUACUCACUGUUCAAUCUGCCCAAGAGUGCAACGGUAGAGGAAAUUCGGGACAGAUACAAAUCACUCGCAGUCUCUCUUCACCCAGACAAAGUCCGUGAUGAAUCCCACAAGGAGACUAUGGCUGCAAAAUUCGCCCAGGUCAAACGAGCGUACGAAAUCUUGACUGAUCCUAGUAAACGAGCGAUCUACGAUUUGUUUGGUGAAGACGGCCUCAAAACCAAGUGGGAUGUAGGAUCGAAAUAUAAAACGGAGGAAGAAUUACGAAAUGAAUACGCGCGCCUUGCGCGGGCAGCCAAACUCCAUGAUGCCGAAAAUAUUGUUCGCUCCCAAGGAGAACUCGUAUGCGCAGUUAACGCUACUUCGCUGACAAUCCCAGGAUUGGGUUUAGAGGAGAAAGUUGCAGGGGUGACACAGACGGACAUUUCGGAUCGCACCCGCUUCACGCUGACCAGCCGGCUAUUAUCCAUGAGAGGCAGGGCUGGAGGAAAUGUCUUUGGUACAGUUAAACACCAAUUCUCACCCCGUCUCCAAUUGGAAGCCACUUCUGGCUUACUGGAACCUCGUACGGUGGUUUCAAAAGCAACAUUUGAAGUAAACGAAGCAACUACCCUACGAGCCGAAUCAACGAUCAUCCUUGCCAACGCCUUGCAAGACGUUCCCCGGCUAACGAUAACAGGCCAACGACUUCUCGACCCCACCCUCACCGGUGUAAUAAGCUUCACCACCCCGACGCUUACCAGUCCCUCGGCCCUUGCCGUGUCCCUCUCAUCAACCGGUGGUCUUGUCACUACGGUCGAGCUAAGCCCGGCUAAACUCCAGGCACGUGAACAGUUGAGUGCAGAAUAUGGUGUUCGCGUAGGUGGUAAGGAGGGAGUUUUGCUGAGUGCGAGCGCCGCAACGGGCCUGAACCAAGGUGGACUAGGCAUGGUAGUUGAAGUCAACGGAACUGCCAAACUUGCCGAAGCCACGACCGUGCGAGUUGGAGUGGGCGCCGCUCUUCCGGGGGGCAUAUCCCUCAAAAUCUACCUAAACCGUCUCGGCCAACGCAUCAUUAUACCGAUCCAGCUUUCUCGUGAAUUUGACUUGAACCUGGCGCUGUAUACGGCAGUCAUUCCGUCUAUUUCCGCCGUGCUAGUCAAUCAAUACAUUCUAAGGCCCCAACGCCAAAAACGAGCCAAGGGACGAAUUGAUGCAUUACGAGAACGACAGUCCGAGAUGUUGGAAGAGGAUCGGAAGCAGGCCGAACACUAUAUAGAAUCUAUACGGGAACAAGUGAAGCGUAAAAUAGAGACCGAAAAGGGCUCGGACGGGUUAAUCAUAUCAGAAGCACAUUACGGCCCCGCGAAAUCUAUCGACGACAAAAACAAGACAAUUGAUGUUUCAGCACCUCUCCAAUUGCUGGUUAAUAGUAGUCAGCUCGUUAUCCCUGGAGGUCGAUCAAAGACCGGUCCCUCGCAGCAGACUGAUCGUGGUCCCACAUACCUGACUUUUGCGAUGCAGGCCCAACAGGCGACUUGCACCAACGUACAUAUCCGCACUACUGCCGACGCACACCGCAUAUUCCAUGCCACCCUCCUCGGCAUCUAUCCCUCUAUAACCCGUCGUCUCGACAUCGAGGAGCGCCGCCUCGUCAAGCCCGGCGCCUGUUUUGUCUGGGAGGAGCGCGGGCCCGAUGCAGAGGCAACCGGAAUGGGCAUCGAACGCUGGACCGAUGGAUUGCGAUGGGGCCCCAGCCGAGUUCGUGAUGACUUUUUAUUCUACCACCAACGAGACACCGAGGCCGACGAUGAAGACCGGAACGAGGGCGGUGACGGCGGCAGAGCGCCUCCGGCCAAAUGGUUGAAAAAGUUUGCUCGGAGGAGGAAAUCCGACAGCCCACACCACCAUCACCACCACCAGCAACAACACCACCACUCUUCCCCCGUCUCUCCCCGUCUCGCGGCCCCAGGUGCCAUCGACAGGACAUCAGACAGGGAGAAUGAUCGAUUGAUCAAGCAGACCUACUCUGUCUUUGCCACCAUCCCUGGCGGCGGCAGGCAGCAGAGAAAGUGGCAUAUUACUGCCUACUUUACCCAAGGUACCAUCGAGUUCCUCAGGACCGUCGACCAAAUACCCGAGCUCGCGCCUGUGCACCCACCUCCCGGGACGUAUCGAAGUGCUCGAGCAACUGGAGCCAAGAAGAAUCACGAACAUAUUCCCCCGCCCACGCUCGAAUCACAGCCGCUCCAUUGGUCGCCAUAUCUCAUUCCACCCGCGGCCGUUGCUUCGACGUCUUCUCACCGGUCCCCAUCGACCCACGACUAUCCGUCGCCGGAACCGAUACGAGAACUUCCCCAUCCCUUGUCCCCGAUAGAAGUACGACCCGCUUCUGGUCCCCAUCAACACUACCCUCCGCCGACUCCGACAUCCGUGCGUUCCAGCAUAUCACCGUUCACCCGUUCGUUGCCCCUCCCUCGACAGGGAACUAAUCCCGCGCUUGAAGAUGUACACCUCCCGCCGCUGAGCGUAUCGCCAUUUCCGUACGCCCAGCGCAACGCUACAGACGACAAACAACUCGACGCCCUGUUGCGCCGAUUCAUGAUCCCAGGGACUCGGCCGAACCCAAACCUAAACCCAGAUUCGGACACUGACUCGGACAUGCAGCUCCAACAAUAA